AUGGCUGAAGAGGAAGUUCCUGCGACGACCGAAAAAGUUCUGAAGAUACAGAGGGUGUUCAUAAACCAGCUGGACACCUAUAGCAGCGGAAACAUAGGAAAGUUCCUAGCUAACUGUGUCGCUGGGGCUUCACUGGAAGAGAUUGGAGAAGAGGAGGAGGAAGAGGAUGAGACAAAGUCAGCUGCAGCUCCAGAGGCCCCCACCACAAAAGUGAAGGAAGGCACCUUCCAGAUCGUGGGCACCUUGGCCAAGCCAGAGAGCGUCAAGCCGGACUUCGCUGUGGAGGCUUACAAGGGCAUCUCCCGGGAAGACCUGCUCUCCCAUCUCAUGGAGUGCGAUGCUGUCAUCUAUAACAUCACGGAGAAUGUGCAGCAAGUGGAGGAGGCCUUGUGGGCCGUCUCCGCAUUGAAUGAAGAAAUCAGCCAUUUUGAAAAGCGAAAGGUGUUCAUUUUGUUGUCGACAGUGAUGACAUGGGCGAGAUCCAAACCCCUGGACCCUGAUGACAACGAGGUUCCCUUCACAGAAGAGGAUUAUCGAAGAAGGAAACAUCACCCCAACUUCCUGGACCACAUCAACGCUGAAAAAUUAGUUCUCAAAUUUGGAAAAAAUGCCAAAAAGUUCGCAACUUAUGUAGUCGCCUCAGGACUUCAGUACGGAGCAGAAGGAGGCAUCUUACACAUGUUUUUUAAGAUGGCCUGGCUGGGCGAUGUCCCCGCACUACCGGUGUUUGGAGACGGGACCAAUUGCAUUCCGGCCAUUCAUGUUGUUGACCUCGCAGGAGUGAUCCAGAACAUCAUAGACCACGUGCCUAAGCUUCACUACCUGGUGGCUGUGGAUGAGGCUGUGCACACCUUGGAAGACCUGGUCAAGUGCAUCAGCAAAAACACCGGCCCUGGAAAAAUCCAGAAAGUUCCCAAAGAAAAUGCUUUCCUGACCAAGGACUUGACACAAGAGUACCUCGACCACCUGCUGGUCAACCUGAGGAUGGAAGCCCUGUUUGUGAAGGAGAACUUUAACAUCCGCUGGGUCGCCCAAACAGGCUUCGUGGAGAACAUCAACAGCAUCCUCAAAGAGUACAAGCAAAGCCGGGGAUUACUGCCAAUCAAGAUCUGCAUUCUUGGUCCUCCAGCCGUGGGAAAAUCCAGCAUCUCUGAAGAGCUGGCCAAGUACUACAAACUGCAUCACAUCAAGAUGAAGGAUGUGAUUGCUGAAGCCAUAGCCAAACUGCAGGUUCUUGCUGCUCCUAAAGAGAAGGAGGAGAGAGAAGGGGAGAGAGAGAAGAGAGACAGAGACAAAGAGGAGAGGGAAGAGGGGAGAGGAGGAGAAGAUGAGAGUUUGUUUCUUAAAUCAGGUCGGCUAGAAGACCAAUAUAUAAUUCGAUUUGUGAAAGAAAAGCUCAAAUCUAUGCCUUGUAGGAACCAAGGUUUCAUUUUGGAUGGCUUCCCAAAGACCUAUGAUCAAGCGAAAGACCUGUUCAACCAGUUUGUGUGUGGUCUGGACGCAUCUGAUGAGUUCCUGAAGGAGCGGGUGAUGAACCUCCCGGAGAGUGUCGUGGCAGGAACUCACUACAGCCAGGACCGAUUCCUCCGGGCUCUGAGCCACUACCGGGACAUCAAUACGGACGAUGAGACAGUCUUCAACUACUUUGACGAGCUUGAAAUUCACCCGAUACAUAUCGACGUAGGAAAACUUGAAGAUGCCCAGAAUAGACUUGCUAUCAAACAGCUCAUCAAAGAGAUCGGGAAGCCUCGGAAUUAUGGCUUAACAGACGAAGAAAAGGCAGAGGAGGAGAAGAAAGCAGCGGAGGAUCGCCUGGCCAAGGAGGCUGCUCAGACAGCAGAACGCGAACAAAAGGAGGCCAUGGAGAUGGCGGAGAAGAUAGCCCGCUGGGAGGAGUGGAAUAAACGGCUCGAGGAAGUAAAGCGAGAGGAGAGGGAGCUGCUGGAGGUGCAAUCCAUCCCCCUGAGAAACUACCUGAUGACGUACGUGAUGCCCACACUCAUGCAGGGCCUCAAUGAAUGCUGCAAGGUGAGACCCGAAGACCCCGUGGAUUUUCUGGCAGAGUACCUCUUCAAGAACAAUCCUGAAAUGCAGUAG